AUGAGAACAGCAGGAGAACAGCAGGAGAACAGCAGCAGAACAGCAGGAGAACAGCAGGAGAACAGCAGGAGAACAGCAGAGAACAGCAGGAGAACAGCAGCAGAGAACAGCAGGAGAACAGCAGGAGAACAGAAGAACAGCAGGAGAACAGCAGGAGAACAGCAGGAGAACAGCAAGAACAACAGGAGAACAGCAGGAGAACAGAGAACAGCAGGAGAACAGAAGAACAGCAGGAGAACAGCAGGAGAACAGCAGAACAGCAGGAGAACAGCAGAGAACAGCAGGAGAACAGCAGGAGAACAGCAGGAGAACAGCAGAGAACAGCAGCAGAGAACAGCAGAGAACAGCAGAGAAACAGCAGCAGAACAGCAGGAGAACAGCAGAGAACAGCAGGAGAACAGCAGGAACAGAAACAGCAGAGAACAGCAGGAGAACAGCAGGAGAACAGCAUGA